AUGCCGCGCCGGCGCCUGUGCCGCGCGGUCCUCGCCGUCGCCGGAGCGGCCUACCUCGCCUUCCUCCUCCUCUUCGAGCUCCCGCUCUCGUCCCCGUCCUCGUCGUCUUCAGCCUCAGGAGCGCUGACCACCCACCGCUCCCGCCGCCGCGAGCUCGAGGCCUCGGCCUUGGCGUUCCCCUCCUCGCGCUUCUCCCCCUCCCGGCCCGCGUUCCCCGCGGCCGUGUCCCCCUCUCCGUCCUCCCCGCCGCCGCUCCCCAUCUUCUCGUCCCUCCUCCUCCUCCCCCGGUCCAACGCCACGGCGACCCCCUUCGACGGCGCCGCGGCCGACGCCUUCUCCGCCGCAAGGCCCCAUCUUGCGCACCUCCAGACCGCCGCAUCCGCGUCCGCAUCCGCCGCCUCCCCGCCCCCGUCCUCCCCGAUCUGCCCGGCCUCCAUCUCGCUGCACGCGGACAAGCUCCCCGCCGACGGGGUCCGGACGGUGGAGCUGCCGUGCGGGCUGGCGGUGGGGUCGCACGUGACGGUGGUGGCGCGCCCGCGGCCCGCGCGGCCCGAGUACGACCCCAAGAUCGCCCAGCGCAAGGACGGCGGGAAGACGCCCCUCAUGGUGUCGCAGUUCAUGGUGGAGCUGGUGGGCACCAAGGUGGUGGACGGCGAGGCGCCGCCCAGGAUCCUCCACUUCAACCCCAGGAUCCGCGGGGACUACAGCGGCAAGCCGGUGAUUGAGAUGAACAGCUGCUACAGGAUGCAGUGGGCGCAGUCGCACCGCUGCGAGGGCUUCGCCUCCCGCCCCGCCGAGGAAACUGUUGAUGCUCAACUCAAGUGUGAGAAAUGGAUUCGGGAUGAUGACAACAAGUCGGAGGAGUCAAAGAUGAAGUGGUGGGUAAAACGUUUAAUUGGUAGGUCAAAGGAUGUGCACAUCAGUUGGCCAUACCCAUUCGGAGAAGGCAAGUUGUUUGUUUUGACUCUCACAGCUGGUUUGGAAGGUUACCAUGUCAAUGUUGAUGGGAGGCAUGUCACUUCAUUUCCUUACCGCACUGGUUACACUCUUGAGGAUGCAACUGGGUUGUCUAUCAAUGGAGACAUUGAUAUUGAGUCAAUUUUUGCUAGUUCUCUACCCAGUUCACAUCCUAGUUUCUCCCCAGAGAGAUACCUUGAAAUGUCGGAGCAAUGGAGGGCCCCGCCGCUACCAACUGAACCCGUCGAGCUUUUUAUUGGCAUUCUGUCAGCAGCGAGUCAUUUUGCCGAACGUAUGGCUGUGCGCAAGUCAUGGAUGAUGUAUACAAGAAAAUCAUCUAAUGUUGUAGCUCGGUUCUUUGUGGCUCUGAAUGGUAAAAUGGAGGUCAAUGCAGAGUUGAAAAGGGAGGCAGAGUUCUUCCAAGACAUCGUCAUAGUGCCUUUCAUGGAUAGUUAUGAUCUUGUAGUUUUGAAGACCAUUGCCAUUGCGGAGUAUGGGGUUCGAGUCAUCCCGGCAAAAUAUGUGAUGAAAUGUGAUGAUGAUACAUUUGUUAGAAUUGAUUCCGUACUGGACCAAGUAAAGAAAGUUAAAAGCGAUAAGAGUGUGUAUGUGGGAAGCAUCAACUACUACCAUAGACCACUGAGAUCUGGCAAGUGGGCUGUGACUUAUGAGGUAAAUUGCUGUCCUGUACUACAGAACCACCAUUCAUCAUCUAUAUUGCUUAAGAAAUGUGAAAUGAAAAAUACAACCAACUAG